AACAGGACCUCCUCCUCUCUAGCCUGUUAUGGGGCUUGGCUUCGUUGGAACUCUGCGAAAGUGUGGAAGUUGUAUCAUAUCAGUGAAGAUCCAUCUGUAAUUGCAACUCUGGUGGUUCUGGUAUUUCUUCUGAUUACCACCUUUAACUGCUCUGUACCUCCCCACCCAGGAACCAUUCAUCCUCCUGCAGCCUGGUUGUGCCUCUUCUGUAUAUUGUUGACUCAGACUGUGCUUGGUAGGAGCAUCAUUUGUUGUUGGGUUGGUGAUUUACUCGUAACUCUUAUUUACCUUAUCUCCUGGAUCAUCAACAGAUCAGAACGUGAAGAUAUAAAUCUGUGAUCUAUCUGUUGUGAAGACUGAGACAGUGGUUCACAUAUUUAAUUAAUCCUCUCUCCAAUUUAUACAAUGACUGGGGCGGAGAUUGACCCUGGUGUCCAGGCCAAGCCUGAAAAGAAGGCUGGGGAAGAGAUUGUGGGUGGGGCUGUUGGAGAGAAUGAAGUCCCACUUGUGGUCAGACCCAAAGUGAGGACGCAGACCCAAGUAACAUCUGGGGCAAGGCCCAAAACUGAAACCAUGUCUGUGCCUGGGACAAGGCCCAAAUCUGAGUCCCAGGCAAUGUUUGGAGCAAGACUCAAAACUGAAGCCCAGACAAUGACUGGGGCAAGGCCCAAAGCAGAUGCUAGGGCAGUAGGUGGUGCACGUCCUAAGACUGAGGCUAAGCCAAUCCCUGGGGCAAGGCCUAAGAAUGAUGCCCAGGCGUGGGCCCAGAGUGAAUUUGGGGCUGAGGCAAUGCCACAGGCCAAAGGAGCAUCCCUUGCUAAUUGUGUUACUUGGCCACUGGUCAGUGGUGAGUCUGGGUCAGUUACUAAAUCUAAGAGCUUCCCUAUGGAUAGAGAACUGGCCAACAUGGACACUGAAACCUUUCCAGGCACCCAGAGCCAGACUGUAAUACAAUCCUGGUUUGGGCCAGGGGAGGAGACCAAUAUGGGGUUUUGGUGCUAUCCCAGGCCCAGAGCCAGAGAAGAAGUGUCUAAUGAGUCUGGGUUUUGGUCAGCUGAUGAGAGUUCUACUGUUUCUUCUUUCUGGGCUGGAGAAGAGAACAAUAUCAGAUCAUGGCCCAGGGAACAGGCCAAUAUUAGGUCCAGGCACAGGGCUAAACAUCAAACUAACACUAGGUCCAGGCCCAAAUUGAAACAAGAGCCUUACAUUGAUUCCUGGUCUGGAUCUGAGGAUGAGACUGGUAACCCUUUCUGCUUUUGGGCUGGAGAAAACACCAAUAACUUGUUCAGGCCCCGAGUCAGGGAAGAGGCAAAUACCAGGUCUAAGCUGAGAACCAAGAAAAAUGACUGCUUUGAAUCUGAGUCUGAAGAAGAGUUCUAUAAAGAAUCAUGGUUUUUGCCUGGAGAAGAGGCCAAUAGAUUGAAGCACAGAGACCCUGAUGAGCCUAAUGACAUCUUGAAAUCCAGUGGCCAAAAAGAGGUUAAAAAUGGUGACAGGGCUAAACAAGAGUCCAAGUUUGAGGAGGAAGUCCUUGUUGGGUCCUGGUUCUGGGCAGAAAAAGAGUCUGGUUUGGAGAGUGGAGCUUCAGCAAUCUGUGACCCUGAACCAGAUAUGGAGGAGGGGGCUAUUGGUGGGUCCUUGUUCUGGGCUGAGCAAAAGUCUAGUUUGGGUGCAGUGGCUAGAGAAGAACCCAGGCCUGAGUCUGAAGAAGAUGCCAUAUUUGGGUCCUGGUUCUGGGAUAGAGAUGAGGCUUGCUUUGACCUAAAUCCCAGCCCUGUGUACAAGGCCCAUUGCAGAUUCAGACAUUCAGCUGAGGAGGAAGUUAAUGUGGCAUCUAGGCCCCAAACCUGGGAAGAAGUCACUGUUGAUUUCAAACCUGGUCCUUGUCAUGGGGUUGGCUUCCCAUCCACAAACCCCUUUCGAAUUCCUGAAUUUUCUGAAAAUACUGAAGGAAAGCUCAAUAAUUUGGGACUUAUCCCAGAAGGGGAGGAGCAGGAAUCUUGGUUUCAACUUGAUCAGUUUGAAUCCGAGUUUCCAUUUCAGUAUGAUCCCUCUUAUCGUUCAGUUCGGGAAAUUCGAGAGCAUCUUAAGGCCAGAGAGAGUGCAGAGCUUGAAAAUUGGUCCUGCAGCUGCAUACAGUGUGAGCUUAAUAUUGAUUCUGGAGAGUUUGAAGAACUCCUUUUACUAAUGGACAAAAUUCGGGAUCCAUUUAUUCAUGAAAUAUCUAAAAUUGCAAUGGGUAUGAGAAGUGCUUCUCAAUUUACCCGAGAUUUCAUUCGGGAUUCUGGUGUUGUCUCACUUAUUGAAACCUUGCUAAAUUACCCAUCCUCCCGAGUUAGGACAAGUUUUUUGGAAAACAUGAUUCAUAUGGCUCCACCUUAUCCAAAUAUGAACAUGAUUGAGACAUUCAUAUGUCAAGUGUGUGAGGAAACCCUUGCUCAUGGUGUAGACUCCCUUGAGCAGCUAACUGGAAUAAGGAUGCUUAGACACCUCACUGUGACUACUGACUAUCACACAGUGAUUGGCAAUUAUAUGUCUGGGUUUUUGUCUUUGUUAAGCACAGGCAAUGCAAGAACCAAAUUUCAUACACUAAAAAUGCUACUGAAUUUGUCUGAAAAUCCUUUGGUGGCACAAAAGCUCUUUAGUGCCAAAGCUCUGUCAAUAUUUGUGGGUCUCUUCAACAUAGAGGAGACAAAUGAUAACAUUCAGAUUGUUAUUAAAAUGUUUCAGAACAUCAGUAACAUUAUAAAGAGUGGAGCAAUGUCCUUAAUUGAUGAUGAUUUCAGUCUUGAACCACUUAUUUCUGCAUUCCAUGAAUUUGAGGAGUUAGCUAAGCAACUACAAAUCCAAAUAAACAAUCAAAAUGAUCUAGAGGUGGAACAACAAAGUUAGUGUGCUUAUCCACCUGCUGCUGAUCAGCCUUAUGUUUCCAAAGAGCCCUGAAUUGUACUUUGAUGUUCACAGUCUGGCUUUGUGUUGUUACAUAUAUUUUGAUGCUAAUGGUAUUAACUUGUCAAAUGCUUGUUUUGAGCUGGGUCAUUUUGUGGAUGCCAAAUGAAUAUUAGAACUGAAAACAUAUUUGUUGGUAUUUAUCUUGCUGCCCAGAUUGCGAUACUUUGUGUUGAGCUUUCAGUGAACUGAGUCAUCUGAACAAGUUACUCUGCUAUUCUUUCUUUAAACAUGUGGUCCUCUACUCAAGUCUGUGUUUUUAAUAAAGUCAAGUGUUAAAAUUGUCCUAAGUGACCAUUCUUCACUUAAAAAAGCCAUGUGCAGAUAUAUCAUGUAACUAAGCAUAGGUAAUUUACUUAGUAGGACAAACAUAUGCCUAUUAGAAAAUCCCAUUCUUGGAUUUGAAGAAGAGAGAUUAUUGUGGGCUGUGAUAUUCAAGAAAUGAUUGAAGAGGGACUCACUUUAAUUGGUUAUUGAGACAGGGUGAGACAGUCAUCUUUAGAAAUGAACUAUAGUGGUAUGAAGAAAAAAAGUACGUAAUUGGCAAAUAUGUCCAGUAGCACGAAUGUACCAAGUAUGCUUGAAAUAAGUAAGAGGAGUUGAGAGAUUCCAUUGGACAAUUGGGAUGAAAGCAGUUUGGAGGAACUCAUAAGAAAAUCCAUACAUUUUACAGUUCGAAGUACAUUUGUUUCUUCAGUGUCAUCUAAAGGGUGAAAAAGGGACUCCAAGUAAAUGGACUCAAUAAUAGUAUUUCUUUAUUAUCCUAGUCUAAAGAAAAUGUUGCAAAACUACCACACAGUCUUUGAAAUAAUUAUAUGUAGGUUGGACUUAAAAUGGUAUUAGUGACUGUACUUUUUAAAAUCUAUUUUGGUGAUGCUGGGGUUUAAAUUUAGGGCCUUGUGCUUGCUAGGCAGAUAUUGUACCUCUUGAGUCACACCCCAGACCUUUUUGCUCUUGUUAAUUUUCCAUUAGGGUCUUGUGAAUUUUGCUCAUAUUGGCCUGGGCUGAAAUUUUACUAAUGUCUCCUAGAUAGUUAAGGGUGACAUAUGCAUGCUACCAAGCCCAGCUUUUUUUGUUGAUAUGGGAUCUCACUAACUUUUGGCCAGGCUGGUCCCAAACUAAGAUUCUCCUAAUCACUGCCACACAGGUAUCUCUCUGGGUUACAGGCUUGAACAACAGCACUCGGUCUACAUUAGUGUAUGUAUAUUCAGUGGACUAGAGAAGAAUGUCAUCAUCUGUGAAAAUUAAGUCUUAUUUUUAGAACUUUGUAUAAUGCAGCAUCAAUAUAACCCAAGUAUUUUUAUAUUUCCACAGUCUGGAAUAAAAUAUGCACAUCAAAUUCUUAGAAUAGCCAUUCCAGAAAAAAAACUUAAUACAUCUUGAGUUAUAGGUAGCUGUGCUAGAAAGGACAUAGUUAUAUAAAUGAAUAAACUAUAAGCAUUAAAAUAAUUUUAGAAAGAAAAUGAUGUAGAAAAGUUGUUAGAUGGGAUUUCAGAAAAGCUAGUUUUGAAAAUAAAAUGUUUUAAAGAAAAAGACCAGUUUUUAGAUGCUAAUGUUAUGUUAGUGUGUUGAUGCAAAACUGUGAAAAUUUUUCACAUGAUUGUUACAUUAAAACUGUCAUACCAUUUCAUAUUUAGGUGGCAAGAAAAUUCUUGAAGUGGAAGUGAUGACAUUUGCACAAUAUUGAGAAUGUAUUUGUCAUUGAAUUACACACUGUAAAAUGUUUAAAGAGGUAAUUUUUAUGUUAUGUAUAUUUGCUACAAUAAAAGAAAGAUUACACC